UAGCCUAUGCGCCGCGGCGCGGGGGGCGGGGCGGAGGUCGCGCCGAGGGCGGCGGGCUGCCGCGCCAGGGUGGCGCGCGCGCGUUUUCCUUGUUCCUGGUCAACAAAGAAAUGUGGAGUAUCUUGGCUGAAUCCUCAUACAGACAAGAUCAUUAUGGUGCUGUUAGGUAGGACUCAUAUCCAGAUGUAAGGUUGAAAAAGUGAUAUAAUAUUUAAAGGAACCAAGGAGAAAAUUCAGAAGGAAAGAAAAAAUUGCCUGCAGGUGUGUGAGCAGGAUUGCUUCUGCAACAAAAGCCUCCACCCAGCCACAUCUUGGGAAAAGAAUGGCCACUUCUUGGGGCGCAGUCUUUUUCAUGCUGGUGGUAUCCUGUGUUUGCAGCGCUGUCUCCCACAGGAACCAGCAGACUUGGUUUGAGGGUAUCUUCCUGUCUUCCAUGUGCCCCAUCAACGUCAGUGCCAGCACCUUGUAUGGAAUUAUGUUUGAUGCAGGGAGCACUGGAACUCGAAUUCAUGUUUACACCUUUGUGCAGAAAAUGCCAGGACAGCUUCCAAUUCUAGAAGGGGAAGUUUUUGAUUCUGUGAAGCCAGGACUUUCUGCUUUUGUAGAUCAACCUAAGCAGGGUGCUGAGACCGUUCAAGGGCUCUUAGAGGUGGCCAAAGACUCAAUCCCCCAAAGUCACUGGAAAAAGACCCCAGUGGUCCUAAAGGCAACAGCGGGACUACGCUUACUGCCAGAACACAAAGCCCAGGCUCUGCUCUUUGAGGUAAAGGAGAUCUUCAGGAAGUCACCUUUCCUGGUACCAGAGGACAGUGUUAGCAUCAUGGAUGGAUCCGACGAAGGCAUAUUAGCUUGGGUUACUGUGAAUUUUCUGACAGGUCAGCUGCAUGGCCACAGACAGGAGACUGUGGGGACCUUGGACCUAGGGGGAGCCUCCACCCAAAUCACGUUUCUGCCUCAGUUUGAGAAAACUCUGGAACAAACUCCUAGGGGCUACCUCACUUCCUUUGAGAUGUUUAACAGCACUUAUAAGCUCUAUACACAUAGUUACUUGGGAUUUGGAUUGAAAGCUGCAAGACUAGCAACCCUGGGAGCCCUGGAGACAGAAGGGACUGAUGGACACACUUUCCGGAGUGCCUGUCUGCCGAGAUGGUUGGAAGCAGAGUGGAUCUUUGGGGGUGUGAAAUACCAGUAUGGUGGCAACCAAGAAGGGGAGGUGGGCUUUGAGCCCUGCUAUGCCGAAGUGCUGAGGGUGGUACGAGGAAAACUUCACCAGCCAGAGGAGGUCCAGAGAGGCUCCUUCUAUGCUUUCUCUUACUAUUAUGACAGAGCUGUUGACACAGACAUGAUUGAUUAUGAAAAGGGGGGUAUUUUAAAAGUUGAAGAUUUUGAAAGAAAAGCCAGGGAAGUGUGUGAUAGCUUGGAAAACUUCACCUCAGGCAGUCCUUUCCUGUGCAUGGAUCUCAGCUACAUCACAGCCCUGUUAAAGGAUGGCUUUGGCUUUGCAGACAGCACAGUCUUACAGCUCACAAAGAAAGUGAACAACAUAGAGACGGGCUGGGCCUUGGGGGCCACUUUUCACCUGUUGCAGUCUCUGGGCAUCUCCCAUUGAGGCCACGCACUUCCUUGAAGACCUGCAUUUGCCAACACCUUUUUAAGGGGAGGAGAGAGCACUUAGUUUCUGAACUAGUCUGGGGACAUCCUGGACUUGAGCCUAGAGAUUUAGGUUUAAUUAAUUUUACACAUCUAAUGUGAACUGCCGCCUAACCACUCAAGAGUACACAGCUGGCACCAGAGCAUCACAUAGAGCCCUGUGAGCCAAAAAGUAUAGCUUUGGAACUUAACCUUGGAGUGAGAGCCCAGGGACAGGUCCCUGGAAACCAAAGAAAAAUCUCAUUUCAACCCUUUGAGUGCCUCAUUCCGCUGAAUAUUUAAAUUUUCCUCUUAAAUGGUAAACUGACUUAUUGCAAUCCCAUGACCCAUCAAUAUCAAUAUUUUUUUCCUCCCUAUACAGUGUCCUGCCCACCCUUAUCUGCCCCCACCUCCCCUGAAAAAGAGAGAAAAAAAAUACCUGGUUUUGCUUUCCAUGUAUAAUUCAACAACACAAAAUGGGACCAUGUCAGAAUCUGUAUGAUCCUAUUCUGUGUUAGCUCCAAUCAGCCAGCUGAGAGCCAUCCUAAAUAUUAAUAGGAUGGAGAGUAACUCCUAACUGUGCAUAGAUUACAGCCUUAAGAAAGAAGGCCACCCAGUCUCUGGGGACAUGUUUUGGGAGGGUGUGGCUGCCUCAUAUAGCCUACCUUUGCUUUAAUCAGCAUUUUAUCAGUCAACUCUGGGAUUAAUGAACAUAUCCAACUUUAUGGGUAUGUGUAUAUUCAGUGCCAGUACCACCUCCCAGGCUAAUGUGUUAACAGUGUUUUCUAUGAUUCUAAACUUGUUUUCUAUUUCUAAGAAAUAGAACUAGGCCCUAACUUUU